AUGGAUAUAAAGAGAGUUGCAGCUGCUCAAGAAUAUGAAGAUUUUGUGCCAACAUCAAUUAUGGUUCGUGAAAAAGACUAUGACACUCUUCUCUUUAAUCUUUCGGGCGAGUUCUUCUCAUUCUUUUUGUCCGGUAGCGGUUUCAAGAAAGAACAAGUCAAGGUUCAAUUGUGCAAAUUAGGAAUUCUGAAGAUUAGCGGACAAAGGCCAGUUUAUAAAUGGCAGAGGUUUCAGAAGGACAUUCUUGUUUCAGAAAAUUGUGACAAAAGCAAUAUAAGUGCUAGGUUUGUAAAUGGCAAUAUUCUUUGUGUUAAAUAUCCAAAACUAAUCACUUCAGAAGGAAAAAAGGAUAAAAAGUUGCCCGUCUCAGUUAGUGAACGACAGAAAAAGGAAGAACAAGCUACAAGCCAAAAGACCACUUUAAAGGUGAGUUUGGUACGUCUGGUGGAUCAGAUUUGA